CCAACGAACCAAACAACCAGUUAGCCACCCUCUUGCCAAUAACUCUUCUUGCCAUUGUUUGUUUUGGAUUUAUGGUUAUAAAAACAGACCAAAAAAGGGACGAGAAAGAUAUAACAAAACUCGGAGCGAGUGCAAUGGGCACACGAAACAAGUGAAUGAAAUUCAAUGAAGUGAGAGUUGGACGAUAACAAUGAGAGCAAGAAGAAGAAAAGCUUUGUAAACUAGGAAGAGAAUUGGGUAGAAAAAAGAAAAACAACAACCAUCAAGUUAGGGAAAACUCAAGUGAACAACAACACGGCACGUUAUGUUACGUGCAAACACAAGAAGGACAUCAAAAUGAAAUAAAAAAUUGCCACAAGGGGAGCACACGAAUACGACGAAAGCCAACACACACACACUCAUACACACAUCGACUCUCGAGUGCCGUUUUUUAUUCCAUUCCAUUUUCACUAUUCUAUUCAGUGGCAACGGCAAAGGCGAAUGUCGAAUGUUGAAGGAACGAAAAAGCGAACGAACGUUGAAUUAGUUACGGUAACAGGCGACGACGGACGGCAACGAAAACGGCUCAACGUUACUUAAAUAAUAUAUUUAAUUUAUCCCUGUGCUGUAAGUGGUUCUUUUUUUCGGUAACCGUGUCUGUGUGUCUCCGUGUGCCAGAGCCCGUGCCCCUGUCCGUGUGUGUGGUUGUGGCUGGUUGUUCAAUGGUCGUCGUAUUUUCCCAUUUUCUGCAUAAAUUUUCACAACCAAGUAUACUAUAUUUAACAUAACUGUAAUAAUAGUUAAGGCAGAACACGAAUCCGAGAAGAAGCACCCAAAUAAAAUGAAAAAAACUAAAACUAAAACUAGACGCCAGUAGUGACAGCAGCAGCAGUUUAACCGACGUAACGCCAUAACCAAGUCAACAAAAUUCUCUGCUACUUCAUUGUUGAGUUGGUCGACCAAUUGUCAAACUGAACGACAGCCAACCUGCAACUCGAAAAUCGCUCGAAAUAUAAUCAAAUAAAGUGAAAAGCUGUUCAGUCAUCCUUUAUUCGUCGGUUCGUCGUCUAUUCGCUUGAAAGUUAUAAAAUUAACCAACAAAAAAAAAAGAAAUUAAAUAAAAAAAUACACACACAUACACAGAUAAAGAGCAUUUGUAGUAAAAUAAAAUUAUGAGUGAAGACGGAAAAAGUUUAUAAUUCGCCUUGUUCGCAACACACUCACACAUCUAUAGAACAAGUACACACACACACAAGCGCACUGUAAAUUUGUUAAAGAGUGAAAAUGUUAGCCCUCUUCUUCUUGUUUUGGUUAAAAAUCAAUAAAUGGCCACUAAAAAUAUUUAAGAAAAUCAAUUUCUCAAAUAAGCUAUAACCUUCUUAAGCUGUCUGUGUCGUCGUACGUAGGGUUUGCACAACAAACGGAACCCUGCCUGCCUACCCGCCAGCCCCUUCACCUCUUCUUCUCUUCGGAACUUGUUCAUUUCGAGAGGGGCGUCUGUGAAAAUCUCGUCGAGGUCUUUUGGGCAACUACUGACAAGUGACAUAAAUGAGGAAGAAACAUUGCCAAUAUCGUUGUCAGAAACGCCAGGAUACGAAAAUACCUCAAAACACUUCUGUGAAAAGCUGAGGAAGUCUCAAGCCCAGUAGCAGUCCCAGCAGCAGCACCAGCACCAACACAGGGAGCCAAGGAGAUUUUUUCGUAGCCAGCCAAAUAACGACGACGACGACAACGUCGACGAGAUUGAAUUUAUCGAAGAGAAAAGUGUAAAUAAAUGUGUAUAUAAGUGCGUGUGAGAGUGUUUGUGUAUGCAUGUGUGUGUGAAAGUGAGCGUGUUUGUGUGAAUGUGUACCAAAAAGUACAAUAACCGAAAAAAACAAGGAAGAAGUGGUAACACCACCAGCAGUAGCAAAGAAAAAACGAAAAAAAGAAGUUUUGUACGCAUCGUAAUCGGAGGAAAAAAAAUUAUACUGCGGUAAAGUGUCGGGAAUACGUCGUCCGUCUUGGCCUUCAAACGGUCUGUGGUCGGUGGCCAAAAAAAAAAGUUGUUUUCCCCGUUCCGAUGUCAGCUAGGAAGUGAGUGAGUGAGCGAGUGUACGAAAAGAAAAAAUAAAACAUGUCCACAUGGAUGUUAAUGUGUCAUAACACAGGCUAUUUAGCGUAACGCCUAAGAGUCUAAAAGUGUGCCAGUGUGUAAAUUAUCCCCCUACCCUGUGACAAAAAAUAAUAAUAACAACAGCGACAACAACAACAAAUAAAUAAACCCCAAACGAAGUCCCAACUGUAUUAGAAAAGUAUCACUGCAAUCCUGCAACUCCCUCCAUCGACAAAAAAAACACAGACAUACAUACAAACAUCCGCAACUCUCUAUAUACCAUGGCUUCAUCUCUACUGGACCUGGAUGACUUAAUAGAAUUUCAAUUGGAUCGCCUAAAACUGGAUGAGCUCAACUUUAAGGAUGAGCUGCAGCUACAAAGACAAUUGCUGGAUCUGGAUGCACUGCAGUGUCCCCAGCGACGCCAUAAAACGGCGGCUAUGGCCACCUCGAAGCUGGCCAAUCAGCAUCACCAGGCACUGCAGGUGCCAGAAGCUUCGUCCUGCAUUGAUCUGCCGACAAGUUUCAUGGCAUCAUCGAACCAGGACGUGACUCCUGCCGCUAUCGCUACCGGAGCCAUCGCCCGCUCCAGUAGUCGCAAAAGUCGCGCCAGUGCCGGUGUAGGUGGUAGUGUUCAAAAUGUAACCACCACCAAUGGCAGCAUUGAAAUAGCCAUGGAAGAGCUUGGAGCCACUGGAGGUACUGGCACUGGUAGUGUCGGAGCAGCCGUCAAUCUGCGUAAUUGCCACAGUUUCAGCGACAGUGAAGACGAUGGUCUAGCCCUAGACCAGCAAAAAGAAUUUAGAUCUCUGGUAAUCGAAUGGUUUCAACAACUCCGCGCCAGAACUGAAGAUUUCAAAUCGGACGAAGAAUCGAGAAGGAUGCGAGAAGCCGGCAAUGAUUCCUAUCGCAAAGAAAGACAUGCUCUCAAAGCUUGUGACCUCUAUACGGAAGCAAUAUUUUUGGCGCCAUCACAAGACAGUAUAGCAGCCGCAAUGGCGCACGCAAAUAGGUCCACAGUAUUGCAUGACUGCGGCAUGUAUGAGCAAGCGUAUGAUGACUGUUUGUGUGCUUUGGAUUUGGGUUAUCCGGAGGAGUAUCAUCCAUUGAUUAAACUGCGUCAAGCCUCUUGUGCCUUAAAAAUGCGUAAUUUCAGUUUGUGUGAACAGCAUUUGCAUGAGCUGUUACACAUGGAACUCUCUGAGACGUUUGAAGCCCGCACUCACGAGCUCUGGCAUGAGUGUGAAGUUCUCAAGGCGGAGAAAAUCGAAAUGGGGGUUCAAACCGACAACGACUUAAUAAGUAACGGUACCAAAAUCUAUGAAGUAGCAUGGCUAGAUAACACCAAUGUUAUAACGACUACUAAGAGCGCCUAUCUGAGGGCCAUUACCAAUAUACCCAACAACACGCCCAUUUUUCAGGAGGAGGCCGCCGUCUUUGUGCCCAGCGGCGCGGCGAGAGUCUGUGACCAUUGCGGCGUCACACAGUUCGUACCAUUUCCAUGCAUUUUCUGCUCUAAUCGUACAGCCGUCUAUUGUUCACGCAAGUGCCGAGCGGCACACGCUUCCAUACACGCUCUCGAAUGCUAUGCUCAUCAGAUUGAACUUUUCGAGGAGUUCGGCGUUGAGUUCUCAAAGCCGCGACUGCUACAGCUCGCAUUUCGCAUGCUCAUCAACGGCCUGCCCCAGGUGGUGCCCCAUUGCCGCAAAAAACCCACAGUCAGCAAAAUGUGGAACGCCUUCAAUAGCAUACUAACCGAACGCAACUGCACCUCUUCGUCCACCUCGUUAGCUGCCUCGUCGACCUCCUACUCAGCACUGCUGCGCCUCGAAUCGCACCUAGAUAAAGAGGAGAAGCCCAGUAUGGUCUCCUUUGCUAUUGUCGCACACAUACUCGCCAUCUACUUGGGCGAGUACACCGACUUCUUCGAACUACUCGAGCUGACAAUGCCCGCAGCAGCAAAGCUGACGCGCCAGGAAUGGGAAUUGCUCGCGUCGGCUUUGCUGUUGCGCCACAUCUGCCAGCUGCGGCACAAAAACCUCAUACACUGCCCAUCCUUUGUGCUGCCCGCCGAUCCUCAUGUCCUCUCGCCCAACGAUGAGUUCUCGCUGUGGGAAACGGUGCGACACGUGCGUCGCGGCUACCUCCACCUGGUGGCCGGCGACGUCACGACCGUAGCCUAUGCGGUGUUCCCCCAGACCCUGAGCCACUGCCGCCACUCGUGUGCCGAUAUGAUUUAUCGCAAGAUCAACGGUUGCAAGCUGACCGCCUAUGCGACCAGUGAUAUACCAGCAGAUGCCUGCAUUUGUAACUGUUUCGUUAGUGGGAACUAUCGACAAUCGCUGUAUAGCCAUCGCAAAUUGGAAUUGUCCGCACGAGGCAUUGAUUGCAAAUGCGAAAAGUGUUUUCGUCCAUAUCCCGAUGAGGAUUUUCAUAAAUUUCAUCGUUACCGCUGUGAUAAUCCGAACUGCAAACAAAUCUUUACACCUUCGAACCUGAAACGCACCCGUAAUCUGCAAUGGUGGAAGUCGGACUACUAUCGCCGGCCCGAGAAUAACGGUUCCGAGCUGUUGGUCUGUACGGUUUGUGAUCAAACGCAAAAACUCGAAUGGUUUUGGACGUUUACGGCAGCUCUCAUGGACUGUGAUACCAUCGAGGAACGUUGUAAAUUGUAUGCGGCUAUCGAACGGGCCGAUGCGCAACUAGUGGACACCCAUGAAUUGAAGGUGGCACUGGCCCGUCAAUUAGUCGAACAAUGUUUGUUGAUACACAGAGAGGGUACAAAGCCAUUGGAUGAAUGGGAGCUGAAUAAAUUGGGUUCCAUUAUGCGAAGUGCUUUACACAUUGUUGCGGCUCAGCAUCGUGUCUUCAGUCUGGAAUAUGUCCAGCACAUGUCCUAUUUCUGGGAUGUCAUGGCCCUGAGCAACUACAAGUGUGGCGACAAGGAGCUAAUGCAAAUGCUGCACGCUCUCGAGUUCAUACCCGACGAGUACAAGGAGAUCUUUAUUAACUACUACGAAGACUUUAUAGCACCCAAAUUUGUGGAGGAGAGCUAUGCCAAUAUUCUGGAUACUGAAGUGUAAGCAAGAAUGGAAUACAACAGCAGCAAAAACUAUUACAACCGAAAGGACUAAAAGUAAACAAACCAACCAACCAACAACAAACAAAAAACACUAAAGCUAAAGUACAUAGAAAAAAGGACUAAAUGAAAUUACAACAAACACACACGUCAUGUAAUGAUAAUAUUCAAGGGAAAAUGUAAACCAUAGAACAUCAAAUUAGCAAUGGACCUUUAGAGAUUCAAUUUUGUUAUUGGAAAUACAUACAUUUUUUGUUUUUGUAAAAUAUUACAUUCCAAACAACAUCAACAAACAUGUUGAGUGCUAAACUUAAGCUGAGCAAUAAAGGCGCGUGUAUUUUUUAUUUAUUAAAAAAAAAGAAAAACAAACUAAAUCACAAGAAGUCGAAGAAGACAAAGAAAAUACAAAAUGUAGCAAAGAUAAUAAUUAUGUAUAGGUAAAGGACAUACAUACAUACAUUUAAAUUUACAACAACAAAACAAACCCACAAUGUUCACAUAAAAAUCGGGGACUGAAGAUUGAAAAGUGCUACAAUAUUGCAAAUGAGACGCAUGCUUACAAGUUUUAACAGGUAAAAUGAUAGUUAAAUUGGGCCGGGCCGUACUUUUUACACCUUUCACCAUUUGGAGAAUGAGGAUGGAGGCUAUUGAAAAACGUUGACCAAUAUAGAAAUUGUUUUGCUACAGAAAUUUAAGUAGUUCCGCUAAAAAAGGUGUCUAAAAUCACCAAAAUACCGAAUAUUAGGAAAUACCCUUAUACGGCGACUUCUAAAAACAAUGUUCUGCCACUGAAUGUAGAACAGUAGGUGAAAAUUAACUUCCGAAUUAUAAACUAUUCCGUGUGGUCAGCGAACAGCGAAUAUCGGUAGAUACAAUUAUAUGGGGCUAUAUGGAAACGUUGACCGAUAUAGCUCAUCAUCGAACUUGACUUGCCUGCAGACAAAAGACGACGCUAUACUUAAUCUUAGAUUUCUAUCACAUGUCGUUUGGACUCUAGAGUGGUUACAACACUGCCGGGUAAGGCCAGCAUCUGAUCAAAAAUAUAUUAACUUUGUUGGGUCUAAAAUGAUUAUUCCGAUGAGCUACAAACGGAAUGACAAACUUUAUGUAUUCUCCUUACUAUGUAUGGGGCAGGGUAUAAAAAAAUCCAUAGAAAACAUCUGUAGCACGUACGAAGCAAACUGAAAACAAGUAAAAAAAACAGCUCAGCUAAGCUAUACCCUCCACCAUUUGGAAAAACUUUAACAUUUUCAAAAAAAAAUCGAAAACUACCACUUAAAUGAAAACCGUAGUACCCAUUAAGAUCUUGUAAUACGAAAUUUGAAACGAUUCUGGUGAAAAAUGUUGCUGAGAACGUCAAAAUACCGACUAUCGGGGGGUACCGCUAAGUGGGGACCAUACGAAGAACUUUAAAUAUAAAAUUUGAAAUAAUGUUGCUAAAAUCAUGAAAAUACCAAAUAUCGGGAGGUACCGCUAUAUAGGGACUAUACAUGAUUACAACAGACAGACAUACGGACAUCGCUAGACCGUCUUAGAAUUUUUGACUGAUCCAGAAUAUAUAUACUUUGUAGGGUCUAUAAUGAAUAUUACGAGGAGUUACAAAUUGAAUGACAAAGUUAAUAUACCCUCCAUAGAAUGGUGGAGGGUAUAAAAAUGUGUGAAAUUUGUUGUUCUCAAAUUAUGAACCCUAGGCUCCCCUUCGGACUUCCUCGGUGCCACAAAUAGUUGUCAUAGAAACUUACAGGUCAUAACCACCAGUUUAGUCUUAUAAACGUCGAAUAUCUUCUUUCCAUUUCGAACCUUGAAAAAUUAUACACACAUUCUUCUUUAUUUUUUUAAGACAAACAAACAUUCAUCCUGAAAAUUUUUUAAAAAUUCUACUUUAUUUAGAUAUAAAACUUUCAUAUCAGUAGUUUGGUGAAACUCUGCUUGAGAGUGGGUUACAGCUUUAUUAUACUCCCUGUAAUAUAGCUUAAUUUUGCCUGCAAUACCAUAUGGUUGAACAAAUAUUUUAAUAAACAAACCUAAUACAUUUUGAUUUUUUAUGGCAUAACUUUGAGGAAAGAGAAUGUGUCUUAAUAAAUGUCUAGGAAUGUUUGCGAUUCAUAUCGAUAUUCUAUACCGACCAUGUAUUUCCUUAGGCAUACAUACGACUUUUGAAUUUUGUAGCACUUUUCAAUCCAAGGAAAUCAAAAUUUAAAAAAAAAAUACAAUGCAAGCCCAUUUAUUCUGAAUCACUCAAAGAUAUAACAACAUCAGAAGCUAUAACAAAAUUAUAUAAAGAAACACAACUAGACGCCAGUUCAUUAUCCCCAACAACAACAAAAACUAAAGAAAGGAACAGCUUAUUUUCUCAUAAAAUACAAAAACAACAAUUAUAUAUCCCAAGCAAAACAAAAAGAAACAUUUUACCAAUUUUGAGCUAUAUACAAACAAACAUAAUGGUUUAUUUUGUUAUUUAUCUUAUUUUAUUUAACAAAAAAAAAAACAAAAACCAAAACCUAAUUGAUUACUGCUUAAAAUAACUCAAUCUCGAUAUAAAUAAUUGCAAAUACAUACAUACGUAUUAAACAACAAAAAAUUAUAACAGCUGGCAUUCGAAGUGAAUGCUAAGAGAAGAAGAAGAACAACAACAAGAAAUAUUAUUCAAAUUAACUUAAAAUAAGCCUAGUUUUAUAUAUAAAACAAAAAGCAAAAAAUAAACAGAAGAGUAUAACGGUUAUUUUUGUUACAUGAAUUGAAUGCGAAAGCGAAUGAAUAACUCAUAACCUCAAACAAAAGAAAUACACAACCGGUUACUUUAGGUAAAUUGUUAAUAAUUUAAACAAAUUUAUUAAAUCAUAACAGAAAACAUAUAUUUAAAGCAAAACAAAACAAAAAACAACAACUAAAAUCCCAUUUAAAAUUAAUAACAAAAAAAACAAUUCAACACAAAAUAAACUUUUUUGAGGCAAUUUAUGUAAAUAUGUUUGCAUUACAACCGAAACCCAACAAACAAAUAAUGAUUACUCGCAUAAGUUUAAAUAAUAAUACUACAACAACAACAAAUAACAACCAUCCACCAUCAUGAAACCAAAAAAAAACUAUUCAAAAUCGAAAAAAAAUUAUACUUCUAUUCGCAUUUCAAAUUCAAGGCAAACAUUAAUGCAGUGCUGCUCAAAACAUUUGUGACAAUUAAAGUUCCAUUAACGCAGAAUCAUUUUGCAUUACUCCAAAAAAAGACCGGCCCUGUUGUGGGACUCUCAAACUCAUUUUUUGAGUUACCGACAAACAUCAAUAGAUUUAAAACGCAAAAUCAUGAAUUAAAAGCCGAUACUAAAGUUCACAGCAAUUUUUCUAAUGGAAGAACAUAGAACAACUUUGUUUUUGAUCGCCAACCUGCAGAAAAUUGUUAUCAGUAAUUCUAAAAAUGACUUAGGCAAUCUUACUGCUGGGAUGUGAUCUUGUUCUAUGAAAAUAUUAAAUUCUUAAAUCAGACCUACUAAGUGAUAGAAAGGAACUAGUUUUUCGUCUCGUGAUUGCCGACCAGGUACUCUACCGGUCUCUUAGAUUAAUUUUCUUCCAGCUUCUUUGACGAGAGAUUUUUUGAAAUAGCUGUCAUAAAGGCUUGUUAAUGGUUUAACAGUCUCAUCAAUCGGUGGAUCAAUCGUCAGUCAAUAAUUCAAUAGAUUCAUCGAUAAUUCACCCCAUUCCCCACUGUUACUAUAUCCUGGAACUCAACAAAGCUUAAUUCAAUCACUCAUUUUCCUGAGGGUUGGCGAUUUAAAGGCGCUUGUCUGGAUAGCAGUAAGGGCCUGUUAUGCCAUAGCAUAGUUCUUUUACUGUUUGGGCUGCAUUCUUCGCCUGAAAAACGCUGCAACUGUCAUUAAGCUCAUAUGAGUGUUUGUUUAAUCUUUGGAUAAGGGCAGCAGACGUCAACACCGGUGCCUUCAACCAUCUUGGAACCGUCUGCAUAUAUAGUCCGGCCGUCCGGAGGAGGUUCACCAUCAGCCCAGACGUUCCUCAUGAGUAAUAAGAUUUAUGAUUUAUAGCAGUUUCUUAAUUUCUUUAGAAUGUAUGGGUUUCCCAAACGCUUCUCCUUUUACAUUGACUUUAAUUUGUAUAACAACAGUUUAAAAAAAGUCACAGAAGCCCUUACAUUUUUAUAAAAUUUUGUUGUUGCAAAAUUAUCAGGCUUAAUAAAAACAACGUUUAUUUAUUAGUGGAGAAGGAUGGAAAUGUUUACCAGGGGGUAAAAGCAGGGAAUACCUAGGUUUCGGAAAGAACCACCAAUCCUCAUCCUUGCUUUUUCUUUGGGAUAUUCUCCCAAAAAACAAGGAAACUGAUGAGGACUGGUGGCUCUCUCCGAAAACUAGAUAUUACCUGCAUUACCCCCUAGUAAACAUUAACAUCCUUCUCCACUAAUAAACAAACGUUCUCUUUAUAAAAAAAACAACAAUGGUGGAAUUAAGCCCGAAUAUUUUACAACAGCAAAAUACUACAGUAUCCCGAACAAACAUGCCAAUACUGUUCUAUUUUGAUAAAAUACAUCAAUUUACCAUCAAUUCAAAAUGCUAUUUAUUAUUUCUACUCUCAAGUAGGAAUUCCCUUACAAUUACAAAAUGAAACACAAAUUGGAAAUUCCUUUCAAUACAACUUUUGAACAUUCCCGUUUGGUCUCUUGAUUGAUAUAAAUGUUUUAGGUACCACUGUGUGUUUAUUUAUAAAGCAAUCGAUAUUUAAUGUUUUGUUCCAAUUAUUUAUUUUUAAUUUUAUAAUCACAAUACCACAUGUAAUAUACAAGAAAAAAAACAAUGUUUAUGAUAAUAAUAUUCAGAACCGUUAUCAUUGCAUAUUAACAGAUGACAACAACAACAUGAAGAAAAACAACAACAACAACAUAAUGACAAAAAGGCUUUUUAUUAAGUUCAGCUUCUAAGAAGCUUUAGUUUUUAGGCUUUUUUAAUUGUAUUGUAGCAUAUCAGCAUAAGUAACGAUUACUUUGUUAUAUUAAUGAAUAAAUUAAUUAGUAAAAGAAGCAAAUGACAACAGCAAAAUGAAAAUCCAAAAAAAUAAAAAUUAAACCAAAUUAUAAACUACAAAACCCCUAUACUAACGAAAUGUAUGCAUAUGACAUGAAAUGCGCAAGGCUCAGCCUUAACUCAUAACUCAUGAAGCGAUAAUGGAAGAGAGUGUUUAGAAAAUUAACAAAUUCUUAUUGAAAAAAAAAACAAA